GAUUUUUAAACCCAUUUUGUUAUUGUUGAAGAGUGAGAGAGUGUGUUGAGAAUUUGAGAGCGGGAGAAAGAAAGAGAAAGAGGUGGUUGUUGUUGUUGCAGUUUGGGUUUUGGGAAUUAGGGUUUUUGAUUUUGAUGGGGAAAGAGGACGAAGAGAUGCGAGGCGAGAUCGAAGAGAGGCUAAUCAACGAAGAGUACAAGAUUUGGAAGAAGAACAGUCCCUUCCUCUACGACCUCGUCAUCACCCACGCUCUCGAAUGGCCUUCCCUCACCGUCGAAUGGCUCCCGGACCGCCACGAACCACCGGGGAAAGAUUACUCUCUGCAGAAGGUCAUCCUCGGAACCCACACCUCCGAGAACGAACCCAACUACCUCAUGCUCGCACAGGUCCAGCUUCCUCUCCAUGACUCCGAGAACGACGCGCGUCACUACGACGACGACCUCGGCGGCUUCGGUUGCGCCAACGGGAAGGUGCAGAUCAUUCAGCAGAUCAACCAUGAUGGAGAAGUUAAUCGGGCCAGAUAUAUGCCGCAGAAUCCUUUUAUUAUCGCCACCAAGACGAUUAGUGCUGAGGUUUAUGUGUUUGAUUACAGUAAGCAUCCGUCGAAGCCGCCGCUUGAUGGGUCUUGCAACCCUGAUCUUAGGUUGAGAGGGCAUAAUACUGAAGGGUAUGGGUUGUCGUGGAGUAAGUUUAAGGAAGGGCAUUUGCUUAGUGGGUCUGAUGAUGCUCAGAUUUGCUUGUGGGAUAUUAAUGGGGGUACUCCGAAGAAUAAAUCGCUCGACGCGAUGCAGAUUUUUAAGGUACAUGAAGGGGUGGUGGAGGAUGUGGCUUGGCAUUUGAGGCACGAGUACUUGUUUGGUUCUGUUGGGGAUGAUCAGUACAUGCUUAUAUGGGAUCUUCGAACACCCUCUGUCAGCAAGCCUGUGCAAUCUGUUGUUGCUCAUUCAAGCGAGGUUAACUGCUUGGCUUUCAAUCCCUUUAAUGAAUGGGUUGUUGCUACUGGUUCUACUGAUAAAACUGUGAAGUUAUUUGAUCUGCGCAAGAUCAGUUGUGCUCUUCACUCCUUUGAUAGUCACAAGGAGGAGGUUUUCCAGGUUGGCUGGAAUCCAAAGAAUGAGACUAUUUUGGCUUCUUGUUGUCUUGGUAGGAGACUCAUGGUGUGGGAUCUUAGCAGGAUUGAUGAGGAGCAGACGCCAGAAGAUGCAGAAGAUGGUCCACCAGAGUUGCUCUUUAUUCAUGGUGGUCAUACAAGUAAAAUAUCUGAUUUCUCUUGGAAUCCAUGUGAAGAUUGGGUUGUUGCUAGUGUGGCUGAAGACAACAUACUUCAAAUAUGGCAGAUGGCAGAGAAUAUAUAUCAUGACGAAGAUGAUCUGCCAGAAGAGUCAGCGAAGGCCUCCUGAUGUAAUUGCUCAUCAUGAUAGUCAGUGUAGUUUGGAAUAUAGGGGUUGAGUGCUUGGGAGUUGGGUAUUUUUUAUUUGUAUUUGUGCUCCUUUUUAUACAUGGUUGUAGCUGUGUUUUUACAUGGCAUGACCUAUGAUCGCCUUGACUUGUAGCAUGCCUGAGCAACCUGAGACGGGAUUAACUUUUGAUUGUAAGGUUUUCCAUCAAUUUUUCUAAGUACCAUAUGUGUAAUUGUUCUGGUGA